AAUUUGUUCGUCUGCAGACUGAGGAUUAUCUCGUAAAAAUGCAACAACCAAGUUCUAGUGGCCAAAAUAACCAACUUGUAUCAAAAACCCCAAGGAGAAACAUUCCAGCAUUACUAACAUAUGCGUCCGCAACCCCAACCGAGGAAACAAAUCCGAUUAUUAGCCCACGUUUUCUCUCAGGCACCCCUGAAAUGCUUUUGAACUGGUUCUCGGUGAUCACGUCGCCAUGUUUAUUUGAAGUAAUUGGACAACUGAAAGAAAUCGAACGUUGCGAAGAAUUACAACAGAGCGUUUUACUACUACGUGGGCAACUGGGCAUGAUAUUGAGAGUAACAUUCUAUAUAAAUGACUACCAUACACUGUCGCCGGAUUGCAACGGUUUUUGGAUUCGAUGUGUCGGACGAAUGCAGGAUGCCAACACGAUGAGAGCAUUCACUAUUCGAGAAGCGACACCGAAUGAAGUGUAUGCCCUGCCGAGAAUGAGCUCUUUGAGUGAGCAGGAGGUGAAUCUCAUGAAGUUCUCAACAGCUUAAUUACAUACACAUCGUCGUAUUUAAAAUUUAGCACCUAUAACAUCAGCACUAAUAUUUGUCAAUAUAUUUGUCUAACUAUCUUUUUAUCAACUUGUAAAUAAUUACAAUUCGUCGAAUUGAUAAAAUGCAAGUACGGA